AUGGAUAACGGUGCUGAGCUGAGCCACCAGGGCGAAGAAGCCGCCGAUGCGGGCCAUGAUGACUCGGGGGGCGCGUCGGAGGCUGCGGCGGCGCUCGCUUGCAACUGUUGCCGGCGCCGUAAGCUGCGGUGUUCUCGAGAAGUGCCAGCAUGUCAGCAAUGCCGCAAGACAGGUAGCGAUUGUGUCUACGAGUCGAAACGGUCCAAGCCGGGGAUGAAGGCUGGGGCCAUUGAGAACCUGCAUCGGAGACUGGAUGCUUUAGAAAGAACCGUUCACCAACAACGGACUAAGAGUACAUCAAGAGACAAGAGACGAUCCGAGUUAAAUCACUCACCCAAUCAAGACAGUGCCAAUGGCACCAAUGGCGGCCUUGAGAAUAGUGCAUACAGCAUAAUGGCAUUCUUCGCCAAAGAGCUACACAAGUUCAACUCUAAAAACGGAAGCUCACUUGGCGAAGAGCGUGCAGAGAUCGAGUCACUAGGACGAGCCAAGCGGCGUCGACUCGAUGAUCAAGAGCCGAUUAACAUUGCCUUCACGGGCGGCUCCAGCCCUGGCCUCCCUGCCUUGCCGGAUGAGGAAGACCUGGAGAUUGUACUGAAAGCUUAUUUCGCACACAUUCACCCGUGGAUUACGAUUAUACACGAGGCGAGAUUCCGCCGUCGACUUCGCGAGCCCGCAGAAGCCAAACUUGUGUUGGCAGUGUUACAUGCCGUGGUCCUCUCUGCGUCAAGAUACAUAUCAGAUGAAGAUAUUGCAACCAGCGUAUUCGGCUCGCACCAGCAAAGAACUAUGACUAGAGAUUGGAUCGUAUCGACCUCGAUGAAGACUUUUAACGUGGAAAGCCAUCAAGCUCUCAUCAUUGUCGCAUUCAAUGACAUCGGAAGUGGCGAGGUCGCACAAGCCUGGUCCCUCGUUGGUUCACUAACGCGAACCGUCGAGUAUCUCCAACUGACCGUCGAACACGACGAUGCCGACCGAUCAUCACUAUCUCAGCCUUUCGUCUCGCUCGCUCCGCCAGACAGCUGGACUGAAGCCGAAGAGAGGCGCCGGGUGUUCUGGAACGUCUUCAAGCUCGAUAGACUCAUCUCAGUUACCAUGGGCUGGAACACAAGAGUGACGCCCUAUUUCGGUAUCUGGGACAAGGCCGCCGGCAGAAUCGGGAACCCCAUCGCCUUUAUCCCGUCCCACUACGCGCCGACAUUGCAGACAGGUGCCGCAGAGGAAGAAAUCCACACGCCCUCCGACGCCGGAACAUCACCGGGAGCACCGGCCGCCAGCGUCGACAUGUCCACCGUCGGCGCCUUCGUCUACUGCAUCGAGGCGACCGAGUCCCUCAGCAGGGUCACGAGCUACUUUCUCCAGCAAAGGAUCAACAUGCGAGACCAGCGCGACAUAAGCAGCUGGCUCACCCGCUUCAAGGAGCUCGACCUGCGCCUGGUCCACUGGAAGAUGCUUCUGCCCCAGAAGUGGAAGACCAACAUGGCGCGGCAGUCGACGCGAAUGGACCCCAACCUCACGCUGGCGCACGUCACGCAUAACACCUCAAUGAUCCUGCUCCAUCAGCUAAUCGCCUUCCCACCGAGGGAGUGGCCUUUCAGGGCUCGGCUGCCGAGUAUCCUGAGCGCGGACACGUGCCAGGCUGCCGCCGUGGAGAUUGCCAUUAUUGCGGAUAAUUAUCUGAAGCACGCGCCGGCGGCGAUGCCUGUUUCGAGCCAGUUCGUAUUCUGUGUCUAUGUCGCUGCCAGGGUUCUCCUCCUUCGUUGGAGUUAUGAUCUCGGGACCGAACUGGCUUCUGAGUUCUGGACUUUGGUGCAGAUAUUGAAUGAUAUGGCGACGCGGUGGGCUGGUCCGCAUAGUUUGGAGCCUGCGAGAGACAACCUGGCUGGGAAGUAUUCGAGGAAGCUCACAGAGAUGCAUUCCAGUUGCCGCGAUGAUGCGUCUUUCAACAUCAACGUUCUAAGUUACACCACCGAAAUCGAUCACACGGCUCCUCAAGAGCCUUUGGCAUCUCCCCAGAUCAGACGGAAUGGUAGCGGGCAUGGGGGAACUGCUUCCAAGGGGCGGAACAAGCGGUUUACAGAUUCACAGCUUGAGCCUCCAGGCAGCCUCAACACUAUUGUUGUAGCUCAACAACUCCCGCCCAACAACCCGGCAUCAUUCUCCAACCCGCCGCAAAACACCAUGCUCGCACCCCCAGGACUAGGGUUGAAUGGUGUUGAGCCAAUGGCUCAAACCUUCUCUAUACAACAGAAGCAGCAUCGGUAG